UCCUAAACUGCGAUGAUACCUGAGAAGGUGGAGAUCACCCCUGCUCACAGCACCGGCACCACGGUUCCUCUGCUGGUGGAGCUGGUGAACAGCUCUAAUGUGUGCUAUGUGAACGAGGCGGACAGCCAUGAGGACCUCUUCAGCCUGACCCAGGCCUUCUCUGUAGGCUCUGUCUUCUCGGUCGACUUGCUCGACUCUCUCAUAGCAGAUACAUACUUCAAUGCCAAUGUGCCUGGUCUUAUCUGUACGCUGGCCACGGGUGCAACACCCCCUUACUGGAGGCCUAGCUGUGAGACGACAACCAGCUGCGAGGCGGAGAUUUGUCCCUGA